UAUCUCCCCAUUUUUUUCGUCUUUAUUUAGAAAAUCACAAACAAAUUUAAAAAUUGAAAAAACACAAAUAAAUCAAAUAUUUAAAAUCCAAAAAUAUUAGUUAGAAUUACAUAUGUGUUGCAUCAUGCAUUUAAUAACUUUAGGCACAUCAUCUAGAUUUUAAUUUUUGUUUUUAAAUUUUCGUACCUUAAAUUGUGGUGAUCGCUGGAGGACCCAAAGGUACGUUAAUUUCUUCCUUUUCUUUAGAAUAGAUCACGUAGUGUUAAGCAUCCAUAAUUGUUUAUAGCUUUUAUUAUAUCGUUGUGUGGUGCAUCAUUUUAAAUAAAUUUUAAGGGCAAAACCCAUUCAUAAGAUAAGGGGAGAGAUUUCAUCACUCUUUCCUUGGCCCACAACAACGUAUUUCUUCAUUUGCAUUUACCUAGCCUUUAAUAAAAUUGAAUUAGACGUUAGCCCCUAGGAUUUCGCGCUCAACUAGGAAGGUACCUAAAAGACGAGGUAAUCUUUAAUUAUUCCGACUUUUCGGUGUCUAAGGCAAGCGAAAGCUUACCUGGCCGAUUAAGGUUUGGUGUCUAAGCGCGGAGAUUGGCCUCUUGGCAAUGCCUGCUCCAAACUGGCCAGACUGGUCCGGAUAAUUUUGGAUUUUUUGAGUUUUUGGUGGUCCUUAACGUUAGGAGCAAGGUCUAGUUCCUUUUUAUUAGGGAACCCUAGAGUUGAGUUUUUCUUUCACUUUUACACCCUUUCUUUUGUUUGUUUUAAUUUUUGCACUUAUUUGCUACAUGUUUAUCGUUUAUGCGAACUACUUGGGUUAGGAACGAAUCGUCUAGAUUGGUAAGACCUAUAAUCGAGAUUCCUUCUUCGUCUUCUUCCGAUUCCGAAACCCUAGAAGUUCCAGAACCGAUAAUUAGCAUGACGUUGUCUCUUAAAGACCGUUGUUACCCGUCUCGUUCCGCUCAUCCAUCGUGCAUCACCCUUCCUCCCGUUAAUGGGAACAAUUUCGAAAUCAAGGCACAUCACAUUAGUAUGUUGCCUAAAUUUUUAGGGAGUGAAGGUGAGGAUCCAUAUCUUUUCAUCCAAGAAUUUGAGGAGGUUUGCGGUUUGCAAAAACUCCAACAAUUGAGCGAAGACUCCAUUCGGCUUAGACUAAUCAACUUUGCUUUAAAAGAAAAUGCAAAAAAAUGGUUGUAUAGUCUACCCGUCAAUUCUAUUUCCACUUGGGAGGGGUUUGUGGUAAUGUUUCUUAAAAAGUAUUUUCCAAAUCAUAAGACUACUCGAAUUACAAAUGAAAUAAAUCAAUUUCAUCAAAAGGAAAAUGAGUCUUUUUGGAUUUUCUUUGACCGCUUCAAAAAUCUUCUCUCACAAUGCCCCCACCACGGAAUAGAAAAAUGGAGACUUUGCAAGAUAGUUUACGAGGCCUUAGAUAGUCAAACCACCGCGUUAUUAGAGUCUAUGUGCCAAGGUAAAUUCAUGGAAAAAGAUGAGGACCAAGGGUGGGAAUUUUUCGAGGAUUUAGCGGAAAAGAGUCAACUAGGGAGCCCAAAAAGUCAAUUCAGUCAUCUAACGCUAGGGGCUUACAUUCGAUAGGAAAUAAUGUGGCAACCGAUGCCAAACUAGCCACCCUAACUAAGAGACUCGAAGCUUUAGAAACUAGUAAACCUCCCACACAAAUGUCGACGCACCCUUGUUACAAUUUUCAAAAUCCCGCAACUCAACCCUUGCACGAGUUUGAACAAGUAAAUGCUAUGUUCCAAAAUUCUAGGAAUGAUGCAUUUGCACCCACUUAUAAUCCCGGGUGGAGAAAUCACCCAAAUUUCUCAUGGACUCAAGGUCAAAAUUGUCAAGUUCCUCAACCCAAUUUUCAAAUGAAUCAAGGGCCAAAUUCUUUUCCAACUCCUCAACCAAAUUUUCAACAAAGGCCCAACCCAAACUCUUACCCAAAUCAAGGUCCAAAUUCAUGUCAUAACCCAAUUCAAAAUCCUCCCGGUUUCAAUGAUUCGGAUAAACGCCUCAAUUCCUUAGAAAAGAGUUUGGAAGCCUUAGUGAAAUCGCAAACUAAUUUGACCCAAUCUCAACAAACUUUCAUGACAACCCUAACCCAAGAUAGGCAAAUCUUGCAUUCUAACGUGCAAGCCGUGUCCAAGUUAGAGGCCCAAUUGAGUCAAUUAGCUAGCGCAUUGUGUGAGCGAGAGAAGAACAAGUUGCCAAGUCAACCCGAGGUCAAUCCUAAGUUUCCUCUCAAUCAAAGACCUCCCGAGAAUGUUAAUGCGAUUAUUUCUCUAAGGUCGGGAAACCAAGUGGAUAACAAAGUUGGUGAGCACGUGAAUGAAAAUGAGGAGUCGAUUCCUAAACAAAAUCCUUCUUUGUCUAGCACUAAUCAUGAUAAGCCCGAAUGUUCUAGAAUCCGUGAGUCUAUGAGUGAACCUAGUCCCGGGCCCAUUUCUCAAAAGCCCAACGAAGAAGUUUACAAGCCAAGGGUUCCUUACCCACAAAGACUCAUUCCCCCUAAACAAUCGGCCCAAAUGGAACAAAUUCUAGAGGUUUUCAAACAAGUCAAGAUUAACAUUCCUCUUUUAGAUGCCAUUCAACAAGUUCCUUCUUAUGCCAAAUGUCUAAAAGAUUUGUGUACCCAUAAGAGAACCACUCAUGUUCCAAAGAAAGCCUUUUUGACCUCUCAAGUUAGCUCGAUUCUCUCGAAUCAAAUUCCCGUGAAAUAUAAGGACCCCGGUUGUCCUACAAUUUCUUGUGUCAUAGGCAAUACUUUCGUGGAUAAGGCUCUACUUGAUUUAGGAGCGAGUGUGAAUCUUCUUCCUUUCUCGGUCUACCAAGCCCUAGGUUUAGGGGAUCUCAAGACCACCAAUAUGACCCUUCAACUUGCCGAUCGUUCUAUUAAAAUGUCACACCCUGGUCCCAAACAAAUGCUUAUAUAAUACUUUUGAAUGUAUUAAAAUAGUUUUCGGGAUUUUUAGAUUUAACAAAAAUAUUUUGUUUUAGGAUUUAUAAGGAAUUUGCGAAUAGUAAGGUGACCCUAUAAAGGAGAAAGGACAUGAAGGGGUAAAAAUAAAAGUCUCAGAAUAAUUUUUAGAUAUUUUAUAAAUUACCAGAGCGGAGAAAUAGUGAACAAGAGUACGGUCAGAAUUGUAUGAUUUUGCACCGAACUGUGAUUAUAAAAUCCAGUUAUUAGAAAAUAGGUGAAAAUAGAAAAGACACAAAAUGAGCCAAGAAUUUUCCUAGAGUAUCUAAAUAAAUUGUGGAACUCAUUUAUGAAUUUUCGGAAAUUUUACGAAGCUCAAGGAAGUUAAAAUGAAAAGGAAUAAAGGAGCCGGAUACCCAAGAUUUCCGGACUGCAAAAUGACCUUUAAACUAAACCAGCGGAAUUUUAGAAGGAAUACUGAAGAGAAGGUUAGUACGUUUAUGAUCUUUGGAGUCUAGAACAUUCCUAUAUUGAGUUUGAAGAAAAAUCUCGAGAUUAAGAGUGGACAGGGAUCAGUGGAAAGAUAUCAGACCGAUACAUCCCUAAGAAAAAGUGAAAUAUUUUCGGACUCCAAAUGAGCUCAUUUUACAGUCAAAAAUUCCCAAAUAAUAUAUUAGGAAUUAUUAUAUCAUUGGAAUUCGUCAACAAGAUCAAGAAUGGUGAGAUUUAAUUUAAGAUUUCAAGAAAGGUGAUUAGAUUAAAUGUGAUAAGCCUUGGAUGAAUUCAGGAAGUCUCUGGACUUUCCGUUGGCAAGCCAAAUGGUGCCACGUGUACCAAGCAAGCCAUUCACCGCCUAAUUAACAAAAUAAACAUUGAUAUAUCAGGAACUUAACCAUUCUUCAGGAAGAAAACUCGAAGGGAGGAAAGAAAAAGAGAGGGAGGAGAAGAAAUAUUCGUAGAAAAAGAUUUCUAGCUCGGAUUUUGGCGUUCUAUAGCUUGUUGGAAAGAUCUUUUCAAGACCUUCAAUUCAAGAGGUGCACAGAAAGGUGCAGAAGAACUUUAAGGAUCAGGAAGUUGUAACUGAGUUGCUGAAGUAAGAUUUUACAAAGACGCUACAAGUUAUUUUCGGACAAUCUCAGUAUCUUUUACAAACUAAAGUUGAUGUAUAUUCAUUGAGUUGCGACUCAUGGAAAUCGCUCAAUUUUUCCAGGAUAUGAAUAGUUAGUAGUGUGUUUUAUAUGAGUGCUCAGUGGAGAUUGUAGAUAGUGCCUAAGAGACGGUGGUCCAGCAGGAUGCUCCAGACUCCUCCAUCAGCCGAUGCACAUAUAUGUAGUUUGAGAGAUUGUGUUUAUGUACUCUAGACUUAUCAAGUGUGCAAGAAAUCACGAAGAUAAAUUUAUGUUUAAAUUCUGAAUAUGUGUGGUGAAUAUGGAUGAUGGAAAUGUAUUGAAAUUUUAUGUUGCUUGGUAAA